GACUUAGCUGCAGGCACACACGGCACACGGACAAGUCUGGACUGUAGUCCCGGAGAAAGCCGGGAGAAACAGUGCUGCUGCUAUAUCGGUUUAUAUGAGGCUCGAAACGACACUCUAAAGUUUUUGCACAGAGAGAGAGAGAGAGAGAGAGAGAGAGAGAGAGAGAGACAGAGAGAGGCUACCUGGAUGUUAAUGGGCGCACGAGACAUUAAGUGAAGCUUGUCUUUGUGUGAGGAUUAUGCCUCAGGUGAACUGACAGACUUCUGCACCUUUCACAGUGUAAAGAUGUGGCCCCGGGUUUUGGUGGCUGCUGUGUUGCUGUUCCUCCCAAGCAGAUCAACAGCUCAAGGAACAUGUGAUAAUGUGGGCGCGGCGGAUAUCGUGUUCCUGGUGGACGGCUCUUCCAGUAUUGGACGGACCAACUUCGCCCUGGUCAGGAGUUUCAUGGCGGGGAUCAUCAGACCCUACGCUAAAGCAGUGGGAGCCGCGGGAAUCCGGGUCGGAGCCGUGCAGUACAGCGACACAGCCAGGGUGGAAUUUACCUUCACUACGUAUCUGAGCGGCACAGAGCUGCUGAGCGCCAUCGAGAACCUCAACUAUAAAGGAGGAAACACUCGCACCGGAGCCGGCCUCAAAUACAUAGCAGAUAACUUCUUCAACCCCAGAACCACCAGAAACGUGCCCAAGCUUGCGAUCCUGAUCACAGAUGGGAAAUCUCAGGACAGUGUUCAGGAACCUGCUGAGAAACUGCGCAGCUUAGGAGUCAAGAUAUUUGCCGUGGGUAUAAAGAGUGCAGAUCAGAGAGAGCUGGAGCUCAUCUCCUCACCUCCUCAGAGUGAAUUCACUUCCUUCAUCGAGAAGUUUAAGGAUCUCAGCUCUCUCUUGCCCACGCUGUCUCCUCGUGUCUGUUCGGCGUCCGGUGGCACCUAUUCGAGCGACGCUGCCUUCAGCGGCCCGGCUGACUUGAAGUUUACAGAGGAGACCUCUAAUUCGAUUCGGUUCAGGUGGACGGCUGCAGGAGGGCCAGUAACGACUUAUCUGGUCCAGUACACGCCACUGUCCGGUCUGGGGCAGCCGUUAACAGCCGAGCUGCGACAGGAGACGGUGCCAGCCAGUCAGCAGGCCUACUUGGCGCGAGAUCUUCGCUCAGGCACAGACUACUUAGUGUCGGUUAUCGCCCAGUACCCCAACAGCGUGGGCGAGUCCGUGUCUGCCAAAGCUCGAACUAGGUCUGUGCAGGGCGUGGCCACGCUGCGGUUGGUACAGGCAGGGUUCUUUACUUUAGCUCUGGCAUGGGACCGUCCUUCUGGUUCCAUACAGGGCUACAGGAUUGCAUAUGGACCCCAAGGUGAGCUUGCAUCCUUGCUGCGGGAGCAGACACUUGGGGCCGAAGCCACUUCUGUCACGCUGGACGGUCUUCAGGCGGACACUGAAUAUGUUAUCAGCCUGUAUCCUCUGGUGUCUCGGGGCAAUAUUCCACCCACUACAUUAACAGCCAACACAUUGCGUUUACAAGGAGUGCAGCAGCUCUCGGUGGUCACAAGCUCAAACAGCAGUGUUGAGGUGCGAUGGAAAGGAGUGAACGGUGCCAGAGGAUACAGGGUGGUCUGGGGCCCGUUUGUGGGAAGUGCAGUAGGGACUGUAGAGGUGAGUGGUGACAGUGAGUCUCACACUCUGGUGAAUCUGCGUCCAGACACUGAAUACCUCGUCACGGUCAUUGCUCUGUAUAAUGGAGAAACAGAAGGACCAGCAGCAAACGCACGCUUUAAAAUAGAGCGAGCGGAGCAGCAGGUUUUGAGAGCCGUCACAACCGGACCCUCCAGUAUCCUUCUGACCUGGAACCUCAUAACAGCAGCCAAGGGCUAUCGACUGGAAUGGAGGAAAGAGGGAGAGAGCAGCAGAGUUCAGAAACAGACCUUCCCCCAGAGUACCACAAGAUACGAGAUUAAAGGCCUUCAGCCGAGUACGGAUUACAUCAUCACUCUGUACACGCUGUACGAUGGACGUGAGGAGCCCACACCAGCGUUACCUCUGAUUGGUCGAGUCACCAAUCUGCGAGUGGUGGAGAUAACAGGACGCACCGUACGGCUGGCCUGGACUGGGGUUGCCGGGGCGACGCAGUACAACAUCAUUAUAAUCGACGGGGAGUCUGGGUCGGAGGUAAAACGUGUUGUUUAUGGAAAUCAGACGACGUUCGACCUCCGUGACCUUACAGGAGGUGUGUCUUACUCUGUGAGCGUGAGCGCCUCAGUGGGCUACAGUGAGGGACCUUCUGCAACCAUCUACAUCACACCAGAGUUUGAGACAGGAGCAGUUCCAGGAAGAGUGAGUAACCUGCGUGUGGUGAAUGCCAACAGUCGACGGAUCAGGAUCGCCUGGAAUCUGGUCAGUGAGGCUACGGGUUACAGAGUCACCUGGAGACAAGGCAAUAAUCCAGAGCAGUUCCAUGAGCUCGGUGGAGACAUCAAUUCCUACACUAUAGAGCGACUGCAGCCUGACGAGUCCGUCAUUGUGGGCGUGGCUGCUAUGAUUGACAGUCAGCUUGGAGAAGUGGAGACUCUCUCCACCAGGACAAACGGCUACGUCGGGACAAUCACUGGUCUACGGUUUACAGAAAUCGGCUCCACACUGAUUCGCAUAUCGUGGGAUUCUGUACCUAGAGCAACGGGAUACAAAAUCACCUGGCAUAAUAGUGAUGGAGUGGAAGACUCUCAGAUCAUAUCUGCCGGUCUCACGUCCUACACCAUCAGUGGCUUACAGCAAGGCUCCGCCUACAGAAUAUCUGUCUCUGCUCUGAUUGGCUCCCGUGAGGGACCGGCUGCCACUCAGAACGCCAGGACAGUUACAGAGGUCGGACGUGUUACUGGUGUACAACACGAGACUCGAGGGGGGUUUGUGAGGAUCAGCUGGGUUGGAGUUCAGGGGGCAACAGCCUACAGGGUGAUUUGGACGAGAUCUGACGGUGGAGAGGAGCUGUCUCAGCUGGUUGGUGGCAAUAUAACAUCAGUGGAUUUGAAGCAACUGGAAGGAGGAACUCAGUACGACAUUCAGGUUGUGGCUCUGGUCCAGAACAGAGAAGGACCUCCUGUUUCUGUCAAGGUCACCACAGGUCCGUCCUAUGAGCGACCUGAGGGAGUGCGUGUUGACCCGGUUGGUCCAGCAUCACUGCGUAUCAUUUGGAGAGCAGUGAGAGAAGCUGACGGAUAUCGAAUCUACUGGAGCUCCUCGCAAGGUGAAACCGAAUCGAACCGUCUGAUUGAUCGAGACACGACCUCGUACACGCUGGAAGGACUUCGUCCUGGACUGACCUACACCAUCAGACUGGCUGCUUUGUUCAAUGGCAGAGAAGGUCAACCGGUCACCAUCACACAGUCCACUGCUUCACAGCAGUCUGUAACAAACUUCAGGGUGGUAGAUAUUACCCAGAAUUCUGUACUGCUGGCGUGGAACCCUCUAUCAGGUGUCACUCGAUAUGAACUGCGAUGGCAGGACGAAAGGGACCCAGGUAGCAUCCAGUCGCUCACUCUCCCUGAUACGACCAGCUCGUUCCGCGUGACGAACCUGAGACUGGGCCGUCAGUACCGCUUCACCGUGCAGCCCGUCUUCUACGAUUACACCGGCCUCGAGUCUGCUGUGGAGGAGCGCACAGUGUGUGUGGAUGGGCAUUUGGACCUGGUGUUCGUGAUCCCUGCCACUCGGGAUCGCUCUGCUUUACAGGAAUCCGUUUUGUCGUUGCUUACAAGUGCUGCCGGAUCUCUCUCCUCCAUUGGAGCCCGGGAAUCACAGGUGGCGGUGGUGGUCUACGGCGCCGAACCCAAAGUGCGUUUCCUCCUCAGUCGGCAUAGCAACAGGGAAACCCUUCUGAGGGAGAUUUUCUCCACCCCAUUUACAGAGAGAUCGGGAAAUAAUAUAGGUCAGGCCUUGACGUUCACACGUCAGUAUCUCUUGAGUGAGAAUGCGGGACGAAGGCCUGGCAUUCCGGGCGUGGUUGUCGUCAUUGCUGACAGGAAAUCUGAAGAUGAUAUCCGGCGUCCUGCGACUGCACUGGGAGACUCGGGUGUGGCGGUGCUGGCCGUUGGACUUGAGCGAGCGAACUCAGAGGAGCUGCUAGCGGCGGUUACAGACAGAAGCACACAGAAUCUGCUGCAGGCUCGAGAUGCAGAUGAUCUCAACAGACUCCAACCUGAGCUAGCAGAGCUGCUCUGCGGCUUUGCCAGAGGAUCUGUUGUCCCGGGCCCAGGACCUAAUGGUUGUACUCAGUGCCCACCGGGCCAUAAAGGGGAACCAGGGCAGAAGGGUGAGAGAGGAAGUGACGGUGUGCCUGGGAGGAAAGGAGACCCUGGUCGUGACGGAACUCCUGGACGUGACGGUCCUAGGGGACCCGAGGGACCUGUUGGUCCUCCAGGACCAUCAAUACGUGGAGUAAAAGGAGAGCCUGGGGUUCCAGGGCUGCAGGGGAAUCCAGGCGUUCCUGGUCGUUCAGGAUCCCCCGGUGUUACAGGACCUCCUGGCUUGCAGGGAUUACCUGGAGUCAGAGGAGACCCUGGAGAGACCGGUAGUGCAGGUUUGUCUGGAUCCAAGGGACAGAAAGGUGAUCGGGGUGAGCCGGGAUCCGUCGUCGGAGUCGUGCCAGGGCGCAAAGGAGAGCCAGGUCUACCUGGGCUACACGGUACUCCAGGACUACCAGGCACUGUCGGGCCAAAGGGAGAGGCAGGAGUUCCGGGACUGCCAGGAAACGAGGGGCCUCCUGGACCAUCUGGCAUACCUGGGCUCUCAAUAAAGGGUGAGAAAGGAAGCCGUGGUGAACCGGGCAUUCCCGGAGGGGGCAGUGGGCCUGCAGUUAGAGGAGAAAAAGGUGAACCGGGACGUCCCGGACCUGCAGGACCUCAAGGACCCACUGGAUUAACAGGACUGAAAGGAGCCAAAGGAGAACCAGGAGAGAGUAUAAAAGGCAGUCCAGGAUCCCAAGGAUCACCAGGGGAGCCGGGUGACAGGGGUCCUCGAGGUCCUCCUGGUGAAAUUGGAAGCAAGGGAGAUCGAGGACAGGCUGGAGAGCCCGGGUCACAGGGUGACAGGGGUGAGAGAGGGCCACCUGGUCCAGCAGGAGAUAAGGGUGAUCUGGGUAGAGCAGGACUCCCUGGAACCCCAGGAGCCAGGGGUUUGCCUGGUUCAAAUGGACUUCCAGGUGAAAAGGGAGCCCAAGGAGCGAAAGGAGAACCGGGUGAUGGCCCAGGUUCACUGGGAAGGAAAGGAGAGAAGGGUGACAGAGGAGCUCCAGGUUCUGAGGGUCUUGCAGGUGACAAGGGAGAACCAGGACAGAAAGGAGACCGGGGUCUUCCUGGAGUAGGACUACCUGGUCAGCUUGGACCUAAGGGCGAGCAGGGUGAUCGGGGUCUUUCUGGACUUGCUGGAAGAGCUGGAGCAAAGGGAAAUCAGGGUGAAGCGGGAGAGAGAGGAGAGCCGGGAAAUCCCGGGCCUGCAGGUCCACCUGGACCCAAAGGGAAAGACGGUGUAAAAGGUGACAAAGGAGAAGACGGAGUUCCGGGGGAGUCCGGUUUGCCCGGGAAGCCAGGAGAACGUGGACUGAGGGGUAUUCCUGGACAAACUGGACAGGCGGGAGAGAAGGGAGACGUGGGUGAUCCUGGAGAGCAUGGACGAAACGGUUCUCCUGGGCCUGCAGGACCACGAGGACAAAAGGGAGAUCAGGGCAUCCAAGGUCCCCCAGGACCCCCUGGAGAUAUGGCAGAUGGGCAGGUUCUUCUGAAGGGAGAAAGAGGAGAAAAGGGAGAGCCCGGUGACCCUGGAAAAGACGGUUCUAAAGGCCAGCAAGGAGAAUCAGGAACCCCGGGCACACCAGGAUUACGGGGACCUGAGGGUCAGCGAGGACCAGUAGGAGCAAGAGGAGAUCCAGGAGAGAGAGGAAGUCCAGGAGAGAAGGGAGAAAGAGGAGCUGCUGGUUUGGAUGGACGUCCUGGUCAGGAUGGGAAACCCGGGCCACCUGGAUCCCCCGGUUUAAGGGGUGAUCCUGGCAAAACAGGGGAACCUGGCAGAGACGGAUUAGCAGGACUCAGAGGACCUCAGGGACCUCCAGGGCCUGUAGGACCUCCAGGAGCUGCAGGAAUACCUGGUAAAUCAGGAGAAGAUGGAAAACCUGGAUCUCCUGGAAAAGCCGGUGAAGAUGGCGUCCCUGGUGAGGAUGGCAGAAAGGGUGAUAAAGGAGAGUCAGGAGCCCCAGGAAAAAAUGGUCACGAUGGGCUGAAAGGGGAUCGGGGCAUUGCAGGACCUCCUGGACCCACUGGACCUUCUGGACCACAAGGGGUUCCUGGGAACAUCGGACCUCCAGGGCAGGUGAUAUAUGUUAAAGGGGCUGACGUAUCAGCUAUUCCAGGACCACGAGGACCACCAGGACCUCCUGGAAUACCAGGAGAUUCAGGAGCUAGGGGUGAGAGAGGAUCACAAGGAGCAAAAGGAGAUCAGGGAGAUCCAGGAGAAGAUGGCUCACCCGGUAAACCAGGGACUCCAGUGGAUGUGAAGAGAGCACUUUCAGAUUUUGGCAUUGAGGUCAGGGAUCUGCAGAUGGUGAUGGAAAAGAAAGAUGUCCUGCUGAGUGAAAUCGUAGAACGAACAAAUAAAGGAGCAAAAGGGGAUAAAGGAGAUUUAGGACCCCAAGGCCCUGCUGGUUCAGAUGGUGUUCGAGGAUUUCCAGGGGAGCGAGGACUGAAAGGUGAUAAGGGAGACACAGGGUCUCCUGGUCCCCAGGGUCCUACUGGCAGAGCUAUUGGAGAAAGAGGCCCAGAGGGUCCUCCUGGACAGGCAGGUGAACCUGGCAAACCAGGAAUACCUGGAGUACCAGGAAGAGCUGGAGAGCUAGGAGAGUCUGGCAAACCUGGAGAUAAGGGAGAGAGAGGCGAGAAAGGAGAUAAAGGGGAGACGGGUAAAACUGGGCUUAAUGGUGUAGCAGGACCUCCUGGACCUAAGGGUGACUCCAUAGUUCAGUCUGUUCCUGGUCCACGGGGUCUGCCAGGCCCUCAAGGUAUUAAAGGAGAAGAUGGUGCUCAAGGAUCUUCUGGACCUAAAGGAGACCGGGGACCCCAAGGGUUCCGUGGAGAGAAGGGCGAUAGAGGAGAAGUAGGGGAAAAGGGCAGAGACGGCCUUCCUGGUUUUGCCGGAGAACCUGGGAAACCUGGACUGGAUGGAAAGCCGGGUUUAAAGGGCUCAUCUGGUCUACCAGGCCAACCCGGGAACUCUGGAGAACCAGGGAUUCAAGGACCCCCUGGACCAAUGGGUUCUGUAGGACCUCCAGGACCACCCGGUGUGAAGGGUGACCAUGGAGAGGCAGGAAUAGGAAUACAAGGUCCUCCAGGUCCACAAGGCAUCCGAGGGUUGUCCGGACUUACAGGCACACCAGGAGCUAUAGGACCACAAGGACCUCCAGGCCUCCCAGGACAAACAGGAGAAGGAGGAAAGCCUGGAGUUCCUGGAAGAGAUGGCAUACCUGGAAAGGAAGGAACACCGGGCCUGCCAGGAAAACAGGGUAUAGCAGGACCUGUAGGACCUCCAGGCACGAAAGGCGAGCAAGGAGACACCGGGCCGCCUGGAAAAUCGGUAGCUGGACCCCCUGGAGUGAAGGGAGAACGGGGUCUUCCUGGUGAAACACUGCCUGGAGUAGCAGGAGAGAGAGGCUUAACUGGACCGCAGGGUAUUAAAGGCGAUAAGGGACCAGCUGGAAUCAAAGGUGACCGAGGUGCAAGCGGUGACCCGGGUGAACCUGGAGAAAGUGGACAAAGAGGACCUCUAGGACCUAAAGGAGCCAAAGGUGAAGCCGGUGUUGGAAUGGUUGGCCCUCCAGGACAGACUGGACCUGCAGGCUUAAAGGGUGAUCCUGGUCUCCCAGGCUCUCCAGGCCUACCUGGACCUCAGGGAAUAUCAGGAACAACAGGACUUGCUGGCCAAAGAGGGGAACCAGGUCAGCCAGGAAAUCCAGGACCUCCAGGGGAGAGGGGACUGCAAGGCUUCAUAGGAAAAGCAGGAAACCCAGGGACACCCGGUAAUCCUGGAGAACCUGGACCACCAGGUAGUGCAGGUCCACUGGGGCCGAAAGGCGAUAAAGGUGAGGUUGCUGUAGGAGUACCAGGACUGAGAGGAGAGAGAGGAGACCCUGGGCCUCGGGGAGAAGAGGGACGACCUGGAAUGGAUGGAGAGAGAGGUCCUCCGGGAUUUCCAGGUGGCAAAGGAGCCAGAGGAGAAAAGGGUGAAGGAGGACCUCAAGGAGAGAGAGGAGAGAAGGGUGAAACUCUGUUGGUGGGCGGGGCUCCUGGGGAGAAGGGUAAUAAGGGUGAAACGGGAGAACGAGGUGCGAAAGGAUUACAAGGUGAAAAGGGCGUGAAAGGUCAAGAGGGACCACCAGGGGUACAGGGUCUGCGUGGAGAGGCUGGUGAGAGGGGGUCACCUGGGUUUCAGGGUGCUCGUGGACCAGGAGGACAGAAGGGAGAAGCAGGACAGCCUGGAGUUUCAGGAGAAGCUGGUACACCUGGGAAAGAUGGCCUCCCUGGAGUGAGAGGUGAGAAGGGAGAGAUUGGACUCAUCGGCAUGCGAGGACCUAAGGGAGAGAGAGGACCCAAAGGAGCAUGUGGACCAGAGGGACAAAAAGGAGAAAGGGGGGAUUCUGGACUGAACGGCAGAUCAGGUUUACCUGGAAGAAAAGGAGAGGCGGGUGAUGUGGGAUCUCCAGGAGCUACCGGAGCGCCAGGUAAAGAGGGCCUGGUCGGACCCAAGGGUGACCGAGGAUUUGAUGGACUAAUGGGACCAAAGGGAGAACAAGGAGAAAAGGGUGAACGGGGUCCUCCUGGUAUCCCUGGACCCCCGGGUCCCAGAGGUGUCGAUGGGCCUCCGGGUCUGACAGGUCCUCAAGGACUUGCUGGAGUUAAAGGUCCUGAAGGACUGCAGGGACAGAAGGGUGAACGAGGUCCUCCAGGCCCUGCUUCGGUUGGCCCCCGUGGCAUCCCAGGAGUCCCAGGCGAGAGAGGAGAACAGGGAGAAACCGGUCUCGAUGGAGUGAAAGGAGACAGGGGAGAGCCGGGCAUGACGGAGGAAGAAAUCCGAGCGUAUGUUCGCUCUGAGAUGAGUCAGCACUGUGCCUGUGGAGGUAAGUGACCUUAAAGCAUAACGUCGCCGCCAUUAACCUUUUUUAGAAUUCACUUUAGCACUAGCUCAGCAUUGAAAAGGUUAUGUAGUGACACUGCGAACCCAAACUAUCAUGGAUCAUAGGAUCAUUACAGCAUGCUUUAAUGACUGUAUUUCAUUUUAGAAAAUCUGACCUGACCUUUCAAAACAUGAUUUACAUUCUAGGAGUUUGGAGGCGGUACAUCCGUGGAUCAUUAAAAAUUAUCUUUAAAAAAAAGUUCCCAAUGAUCCCAAUAUACUAGAUUUUGUUUCUCAUU